AUGACAACUCCUUGUUUGUUGCUACGGGAUUUGGACGUGAUUAAGCAGGUCAUGAUAAAAGAUUUCAAUUCGUUUACCGACAGAGGAAUAGAAUUCAGUGAUAAGGGGCUGGGAGUUAAUUUGUUCCACGCUGAUGGUGACAGAUGGAGGGUCCUGAGAAACCGUUUCACACCCGUAUUUACGACUGGAAAACUCAAGAAUAUGUUAUACCUAAUAACGGAGCGUGGAAACAAGUUCGUUCAAUAUGUUGACCAACUUUGUGAAAAACAAACAGAACAAAUAAUACAUACUCUAGUUCAAAAGUAUACUAUGGCCACUAUUGCAGCUUGUGCUUUCGGUGUAGACCUCAACGAGGAUAUGUCACACACGUUGGAAAAAAUUGACAAAAUGGUUUUCACCGCAAAUUAUAGUCAUGAGCUUGAUAUGAUGUUUCCGGGAAUCCUAAAAACAUUUAAUGGUUCUCUAUUUCCAAGGCAGGUCAACGAAUUUUUUGAUAAUCUUACCAAAACUGUCAUUAAGGAGAGGGGAGGAAAACCAACAAACAGAAGAGAUUUUAUGGAUCUGAUUCUGGAGUUAAGGCAAAAAGGAAAUAUUGAAGGAAAAAACUUUGGCGAUGAUAAGUUGAAUUCGGUCGAGCUGACUGAAAGUGUAAUUUCAGCCCAGACCUUUGUAUUCUACGUGGCCGGCUACGAAACUAGUGCGACAACAAUGGCAUACAUGCUUUAUGAACUUGCAAAAAAUCCAGAUAUUCAAGACAAAGUUAUAUCGGAAAUCGAUGAAGUUUUGGCACGGCACAAUGGUGAAAUAAGCUAUGAAGCUUUAAGUGAUCUGACUUAUAUGGACCAAACGUUUAGUGAAACUCUUCGUAUGUACCCUAUUGUAGAUCCUCUGCAACGUAACGCACAGAAUGACCUCAAGAUCCCAGGCACUAAUGUUACGGUUAGAAAGGGUCUAACUGUGCUUGUGCCGGUGUGGGGAAUCCAUCGUGACCCCAAAUACUAUCCCAAUCCAGACCAAUUUGACCCCGAACGCUUCACUCGCGAAAAUGAGCAAAACAGGCAUCCUUGCGCUUAUAUGCCAUUUGGUACCGGACCCAGAAACUGUAUUGGAAUGCGAUUUGCCAAAGUCCAAUCCAAGGUGUGCAUCGCAAAGCUACUGUCGAAGUUCCGAGUGGAGCCGUCGAAGAACACAUUGCCCACAAUGAAGUUCGAUCCAAGGCGUUUAGUUGUUAGUCCCGCUGGAGGAAUUCCGUUAAAUAUUAUACGACGCAAA